AUGUACGUGAAGCGAUGCGCCCUCGUCACUCUCGUGAUUUCAUCACUCUGUAUACCGACUGAGGCAGUGCUCACAUUCGCGGACGAAAAUUUUUUCGGCUUGGAAGCUGACAGAUUCGACUGGAAGACCCACCCGUGCCGUCGGACAUGCAAGGACGACGAGAAGCCGCAGAUUUGCAACUACGUCUUCGUCAUUGAGAAGUACAGCACGAUGAGCAAGGCUUGCUAUGACUGUCCCUACAACUCAACCGACUGCUUCAGGCCGCAUUGCAUCCCAGCCGACGGUGUGCAAAAGACCGUCUACGUUGCCAAUCGUCAAUUGCCCGGGCCGUCCAUUGAGGUUUGCCAGAACGAUCUGAUAAUCGUCGAAGUCAGAAAUACAAUGUUGGCCGAGAGCACUUCGAUACAUUGGCAUGGGAUAGAUCAGAAGGGCACACCCUACAUGGAUGGCGUUCCCUUUGUGACCCAAUGUCCAAUCUUACCAGGAGAAAAAUUCCAGUAUACCUUUAGGGCUCUCGUGUCAGGGACUUACUUCUGGCAUUCCCACAUUGGUGUUCAGCGAGCUGAUGGCCUUUACGGUCCUCUGAUCAUUCAUCCACUGCCGAGAAACAACAGGCAUCGGUACGUGUACGAGUGCGACGACCACCAUAUGAUAAUCAACGAUUGGAUGCAAAUGGAUGGCGAAGCUGGGACCAUAAAACAGUAUUACGACGAGAUUGGGGUCGAUCCAACGACGAUUUUGGUGAACGGUCUCGGUCGGUUCAAGCACUUUGGAGUGAAAGACGACAAACCACUUUACAUUCCCAGUACCGCUUUCGAAGUAAAACCAAGCCUCAGGUACAGAAUCAGGCUAAUUAAUGGGGGUGGAGAGGACUGCCCAAUCGAAAUGUCUAUUGAUAAUCAUCCAAUGAUUGUUAUCAGUUUGGAUGGCAAAGACAUUGAGCCGAUCGAAGUCGAUGCAAUCGUAACUUGGCCUGGAGAGCGAGUCGAUUUUGUAAUUAAAACAAAUCAGAUAAUUGACAACUACUGGAUUAGAUAUCGUGGUUACGGUCAGUGCCAAUGGAACGAGACUACUGGCGUCCAUCAAGUUGCCAUACUUCGAUACAUCGGUGCUCCACUUCGAGAUCCCGAAGCUGAAACCGGAUAUGGUAUUCCUGAAUCUACGGAGAACACGAGAGUACUGAACCCUUACGACAUCGGCACCGAAUCAUCCCAUUCGACGAACAUUAGCAUCGCCUUGGUGAAAUCCAUGGAUCCGAACGACGAGUGCUUGACUCGCAAGCCAGAUCAACAGCUCUUCAUAAAUUUUGACUUCUACCCCCUUGACAAUUAUGAUUUUCAUCGCAACAGUCUCUACGGGUACCGCCAAGUAAGUCUAUCUCACAGGAUUGGCUCAUUCCAAUUGAAUUAUAUAAGCAUGAAGAUGCCAUCGUAUUCCUUGCUCUCACAGCGUGAUCAAGUAACGGAAAACAGUUUUUGCAACUCGACAAACAUUCCAGCCAGCUGUAGCAGGAACCAAUGUGUUUGCACUCACGUGCUACAGCUCAAACUAAACAGUGUCGUCGAGCUGGUCUUCGUUGACGAAGGCCGCUACGCCAUCAUAAAUCAUCCAUUGCACUUGCACGGGCACUUUUUUCGCGUGGUUGCCGAGGAAAAGUUAAAAGGUAAUGUUAACAUUGACUUAAUCAAGAAAUUAGAUCGAGAAGGAAAGAUACGUAGGAGAUUGGACCGUCCGCCUUACAAAGAUACAAUUAAGGCUCCGGGUGGAGGGUACACUAUUGUGAGGUUCAAGGCUGAUAAUCCUGGUUACUGGUUUUUUCAUUGUCACUUUGAGCAGCACAGCAACGUCGGCAUGGCUUUGAUUUUCAAAGUCGGUGAGCAUGAAGAUAUGCCCCCAGUGCCGAAGGACUAUCCAACCUGUGGUGGUUUCAAGCCAGACUAA